UCGUGGUGUAAAAAUGAUACAGGUGUUAAAGAUGGUCCAACACAAACAUCACGUCAAGGUACAGGUGUUGAUGAUUCUACACCAACACCACGUCAAGAUACAGCUGUUAAAGAUGGUUUCACACAAACAUCACGUCAAGAUUUUUCACGUGUGUUUGGCGUUAACGUCACUCUGGAUGUGGACACAGCUCACCCUAACCUGGAGAUCGACGAGAAAACUGCAAUGGACGGGCGUCGGUACCGAUGAGCCCUACGUGUUGGGUACUAUAGGUCGUGCUUGGAGAUCCUACUGGGAGGUGGACGUUAAGGACAAGGUUGACUGGGUGCUGGGCGUUGCCCAGGAAACAGCGGUUAGCGGCGGAAAGUUGGAUUUAAGUAGGCCUCGUCGUGGUUAUUGGUUCAUCAGGCUGUCUAAUGGAGAAACACUGAAAGCGAAGUCUCCUACAACCCCCGAUGAUGAUGAUUGUCUGUCUGAUAAAGAUAUUCCAGAAAAGGUUGGCGUCGAUCUGGAUUAUUGCAACAAGAAGGUGACUUUCUACAACGCUGUAACUGGUUCUGUUCUUCACAUGUUUGAUGAUGGGCCCGAAUACAAGGAUGUGGUUCGGCCCUUGUUCUCCCCAAGGAAUAAUAAUCAACACCCUAUCAGGAUUCUGUCAAUUGACCCAGAUAGAAACACCAAUUAUAACGUCAUAGAUGAAACAGUUGAACAGCACUAGAGUAGGCCUACCACCUUCCUGUACCAGCACACUGUGUCAGGUGUCUGGCUGU